CAUCUUCCAGCAUGGCGAUGUACCAUGCCACAAGGCCAAUAAGGUGACAAAAUGGCUGGAGGACCAUAACAUCAAGUAGCCAGAAAACUCACCAACCACCUGAAAGCAAUAGAAAACAUGUGAGCAGAGAUGAAACGGCGGUGCCUUGCCUCAUCGACGCCAUCAAAAACCUGUGGAUCCCGGGAGCACCACUGCGGACCUGCACUAGCCUUGCUGAUUCCGUGACAAACUAAAAAUACCAACACCCGCGAAGAUGCAACAAGAGCUAUGCAGCAGUUGUGUCAAACUCGGGUCAGCAGAGAGAGAUGCCGACCACUCUCCCGGCGCUGGAACAAACGAGCAGAAUGCGCAAAACGCAACGGCGAAGAGCAAGACGGAGGGUUCUGCUGUGGACGAGGAAAUGGACAUGGAGGACGCAGCUCCUGACGGAGGAUGGGGUUGGGUGGUUGCCUGGGCAUCCUUCGUUACGUGGGUUCUGGCGGAAAUCAUCGACUUAAACUUCGGCAUGCUGUUUUCUGGGAUCCUGUUGGAGAUGGGAACGAGUACUAUCUUUAUUAGCUGGAUUUAUAGCGCUGGUCUCGUGAUCUCCUGCAUCAUAGGGAUCUUCGCGGGUCCCAUGGUGGGCGUGUUCGGCUGGCGCAAGGUUGCUAUGGUGAUGGCAGUUGUGAACAGUCUUGCUGUGAUUAUAUCCGCUUUCGCAACCACGGACGUCUUCCUGUUCUUCACUUCACUGGCAGCAGGGUCGACGGUGGGCAGCCAGUUAAUCAUCACCAACUCAAUCAUCUGUCAAUAUUUCACGAGGCGAAGGGAUAUUGCUAAUACAAUCAUGAUCCUUGGAUCAUCAGUCAAUAUGGUGGUGAUUCCCUAUUUACUCACGUACCUCCAUGCUGAAUAUGGCUUCAAAGGUGCAAUUCUCAUUACUGGCGGUGCCUGCCUCAACCAGAUCCCAGCAAGCAUGGUCUUUCAUCCUGUGGAAUGGCACUCCAGGAAUCCUCCCCACUGCAGAACUCAAGAGCCUGAUGACAAGCCUGACCACUUGCGCGUCAUGCUGCAUGCCUUUAAAAGCAACCUUUUGCUCCUAAAGUCUUCGAGAGUAAUUGUCAUUGCUCUUCCACAUGCUGUAUAUUUCACAGCAGUCGUAUUUACAUCAAGUUACAUACCUUUUGUGAUGCAGACAACAGGCUACACUCUAGAGGAGUCGGCCUAUUGCUUGACAAUGGUGGGUAUAUUUCACAUCCUGGCAAGAGUGAUCCAUCCGUGUCUCUCCUUUGCCUUCGGCGUGAGUAAUUUCCUCAUCAUGGCUGCCGGCUAUGGUGGCCUCCCUAUUGCACUCGUAGGAUUCAUUUGUGGCAUGGAUCUUCAUGUGAAGGCAGCGUCGAUGGCAGUUUUUGGAAUAGCAAUGAGCUUCGUGGGAGCCUCCAUAGGACCAGUGAUAACGGAUACACUCGGUGCUUCCAUGGUGCUGCGAGUGCUCAGUGUAAAGGGGCUAUUCGACGCAACGGGCUUCCUCAUCAUUGGACCCCUGACAGGUAUGGUGAAGGAUCUAAGUGGAAGCUACACAUCCAGCCUGUACGUGCCGGCUGCCUGCAUGUUUUUCCUCUCCUUUCUUCCAUUCAUCUGUAUGCCUGCCGCCAAGACCCACGACCGCCGACGUGAGCAACAGUCUUCGCAGAUGAAGGCAAAGAAAGAGGAAAUGGAACUGAAGAAGCAAUCAAGACCUGUCAAAUGCUUCAAAGAAACCUCCUAUCUGCUGUCUCGUUCCUGCUCCACCCCGGCCUACGAGCGACGACAGCUUUCGUGAAAACCCCCACUGAAAUUCUCUCUCUCUCUCUCUCUCUCUCUCUCUCUCUCUCUCUCUCUCUCUCUCUCUCUC